GCGGCGCGGCUCAGGCGUCGGAGCGGGCGGCCGCGGGCGCCGCCUCCGCCUCCAUGCUGUUUACCCGGCUGCAUUGUGGGAGUUUGACCUCCGCCGCCAACCGCCGCCUCAGCCCGCGCCGCCGCCGCCGCGCACGCCAUGGGAGCCGUGACUGACGACGAAGUCAUACGGAAGCGUCUCCUAAUUGAUGGAGAUGGCGCUGGAGAUGAUCGAAGAAUUAAUCUGCUAGUGAAAAGUUUCAUUAAAUGGUGCAACUCUGGAUCCCAGGAAGAGGGUUACAGCCAGUACCAACGUAUGCUGAGUACACUGUCCCAGUGUGAAUUUUCCAUGGGCAAAACUUUGCUGGUAUAUGAUAUGAAUCUCAGAGAAAUGGAAAAUUAUGAAAAAAUUUACAAAGAAAUAGAAUGUAGCAUUGCUGGAGCACAUGAAAAAAUUGCUGAGUGCAAAAAGCAGAUUCUUCAAGCAAAACGAAUACGGAAAAAUCGCCAAGAAUAUGAUGCUUUGGCAAAAGUGAUUCAGCAUCAUCCAGACAGGCAUGAGACAUUAAAGGAACUAGAAGCUCUGGGCAAAGAAUUGGAGCAUCUUUCACAUAUUAAAGAAAGUGUUGAAGACAAGCUGGAAUUGAGACGGAAACAGUUUCAUGUUCUUCUUAGUACCAUCCACGAACUUCAGCAAACACUGGAAAAUGAUGAGAAGCUCUCGGAGGUAGAGGAGGCUCAGGAAACAAGCAUGGACGCAGAUCCUAAGCCAUAGGCCAGCGCUCACCACUCCCCAGCUAUUGAAGGAGCAACACGAGCGUAGUGUGUUUAGCAUUUGCUGUGCUCUUGAGAAAUUUAAAGUUUUGUCAGUGAACUAAUUUGCUUUUAAAUGUUUAGGUACAGUUCAUUCAUAUUUCUUCACACAAAGGAAAAUGACUCUGCUAUAUAUUUGUUUUGUUAUUGAAAUACCUUUUUUAUUCUUAAACUUAAAAGGUAGGAAGCAGCAUCCAAAACUAUUCAAUAAAACUUUUUCAAGCUCA